GUGUACAACAGACAGUUUCGUGGUGCCGACAACUGCGAAUUCUUUCACCAGCUGCACCACCAAUUAUUAUACAGUUCAUUUGAAGCUUCGUGUAGUGCGUGGGCGACCCGGACGCGAAUAACGACGUGCAGUUAAACGAACAAGCGCGCUGUAGCCAACAUGAAAAGGCGAAAGCGGUACCUAGAUCCGCAAGCGGAAGGCCAGGAAAUGCCGAAGUCAACGCAGCACGUUUUGAGAAGGCGUUCUGAGAACACCGCUGAUGUUGCGGAACCCAGCACCAGUCGCAAAGAAACUAGCGCAGAAGAAGAGGAUGUAAUCCCAGUGCAAUCAGAUUCAGAGAGCAUUCAGAGCUCUGAAUUCUACAGUGCAGCUGAAAUUUCAAGCUCUGAUGAUUCUGAUGCGAUAUCCCAUGAGUCUGAUGCUAAUGUGUCCCAGAGCAGCACUACUUCAGACUUUCUUCUUGAGUUUGCCACUCCUCUUCAAAGCGGCAGCUCAAUGUCUGUUGGUGAUGCCCUGGUUCUGAUAAUGGACUUUUCAACAAAACAUGGACUGUCAUGGACUGCAACUGAAGAUCUUCUGAAAUUAGUCAACAACUUGCUGGGUGUUUCUGGUUUGCCACAAAGCAAGCACUUGUUCAGAAAAUUUUGUGGUGCAACUCCUGAUAACAUGACUUUCAAUUUUUAUUGUCCAGACUGUGGGAACUUCCUCCAGAAGACUACAGGCCACCAGGAAAGACGACAUAAAAUAAAACCAAAAUGUUCUAUUUGUGGAAAGCAGCACAGCGGCCAUGAACUUAUGGACAAAGGGAGUUACUUCGUAGCUUUACCUGUGGAAAAGCAGCUGGCCGCCGUUCUUUCUGACAGCCAUGUGCAACAAAGCGUAUCUGAGACCUUAGAGCGUUUGGAAUCCCAUGUGGACGGUGUCUUCGCAGAUUUCACUGAUGGGGAAUACUACAGACGACAGCGUGAAGUAUUAAGCUGCAGCAAAUAUGAUUUGACGCUAUCUGUCAAUGCGGAUGGCAGUCCAAUGUUUAAAUCUGCAAAUUAUUCCAUUUGGCCUGUCCAGCUGACCAUCAAUGAAAUGGCGCCACACCUACGUUGGCAGUUCAUUGUUGUUCCCUUAUUGUGGUAUGGAGCACACCAUCCAAAUAUGACCCUUCUUCUUGAAGCUUUCGCUACCCAAAUGCAAAACCUAGCUAGGGAUGGUAUCCCCUGGAUAGCUGCUGGCCAACAUGUGAAGUCAAAGGUGUACUGCAUUUCUUGUGUUGCGGAUGCCCCUGCAAGAGCUGCAAUGGCAAACAUGGUGCAGUACAACGGUUACUAUGGCUGCACUUGGUGUUUGCAUCCUGGAGUGUGCGUUGAAGGAUGUGUAAAAUACCCUGUAACCAUUGGGGCGGUACCCGAGAGAACAGCUAGAGGAACAGCAGAGGACAUGUCAGCUGCAGCUGCAUCACAGCGUACAGUCAGAGGUGUCAAGGGUCCCUCACCACUACUCAACGUACCGGGAUUUGACAUAGUAUGGGCCUUUCGCCCAGACUAUAUGCACUGUGCUCUACUUGGCGUGACACGGCAGUUCCUUGAACUAUGGUUCGGAAACCGUGGUGAAGAGUACUACAUUGGCCAACCACAGACACUCUCAAAGGUCAACAACAGAAUAGUGAACAUCAAGCCACCACAGUGCAUCAAUAGACCACCACGUGAUCUCAGCCUCCGAAAGUACUGGAAAGCAUCUGAGUGCCAGUCAUGGCUGCUAUACUACUGCUUACCCUGUGUGAUCAACGUGCUUCCAAAAAAGUACUGCCAGCACUUCGCAUUACUGGUUUCUGGGCUGCACCUACUUCUGAAGAGCCAUGUGACUUAUGAAGAUGUAGAGGAAAGCACCGAAAAAAUAACUGAGUUUGUUGUUAAGGUACAUUUCCUCUACGGUGAGACCCAAAUGACAUCUAAUGUGCACACAUUGCUCCAUUUGCCAAAAAGCACCCUACUCCACGGACCCUUGUGGGCAUUGUCAUGCUUUGCCUUUGAGAGCAACAUCGGGCACCUGUUGAAACUGGUCUCUUCAUCAAACGGUGUUCCGUUCCAAAUCUUGUCAAGGAUACUCAUUAGGAACAACUACCUUCAUCUGCAGUCCAUGGCAUCUCGGGAUGUGCAACUACUAUGUCACCAACGGUUACAUCAGCGACACUAUGGAGUGGAUCCAGUCGGGAAACCCCUACCUCCAUCUCAGUUUUUACGUGACCUUGUGCAAGAGCACUGUGGGGAAGCAGAAGUCAGGGAGUACCAUCGUGUGAAAGUUGGUGGGUACAUUCUGCACAGUGAAGCAUACACACGUCCUCAGAAACGUGAUUCUACUGCAUUCAAGCUCGAGGACUACUUUGCAAAGGCCCAACAUAUUGUUUCUGUGAAGCGCAACGACAAUGUUGAAAAAUUCUACGUGCUCUCCCAUCUCUACAAAACCGACAACUUCAUUGGUAUCAAGAACAUCAGUGUUGCAGAAAGACUACCCUCACGUAGGCUGCUAGAACUAACCAAAGAUAUGCACCCGUGCAUGUACUUACAGGUCGAGCACACUACGUACUUUGCAGAACUAUGCAAUCGACAUGAGUGGUGGUAACAGUAGUGAUAGCUGCUUAGUCAGAUUUUUUUCUUGUAGAGAUUUAAGUAGGAGCGUUAUGCUCCUCUGGGCACUCAUUGUGUUAUCGGACGAACAUGACGUUGCUUUCUGUUGCUGUAAUUCCGUUACAUGUUUAAAGGGGUCGCGACAAGUCAUCCCAGGUUAUCCCAGAUAAACAUAAAACACUGUUCUUUACACCAAUGUGCGCCUGCAUUGUAAGUUGUACAGCAAAGAGGAUACUGAACGCACAGAAAAUGGGUAUCGCGAAUACAGAAGCUUAUGGGGUUCUGACAUCACGACACUCAUAGCAGUCAGUCAGGCAGCACAUGAGAGGUCACAUGCUCUCGGCUGCCAAUGGGGAUGGAUGCAACUAUGAUGUCUGUGCUUCGAUCGGGACUGUGUCUGAAGGCUGUAUCUUGCAAUGUAUGAGAUGUAAAAGAAUAAUACUUGCAAUGUGUCCAUGAGGUAAUGAACCACAUCUAUGGAAGUGUCAGAACUGCUUUAAGUAGUAGCUACCCUUUAAGCUUAUGCAGUGCAAUAUGCAUGUAUCUUACGUUUUAUCUGUACUUACUACCAGUUUCAUUAACAGUGUUUGUUUUGCAUACUUGUAAGAUAUUUGGCAGCAUGUCCCGCACAGAAUAUUAAUACAUAAUGUGUUUUCUCCAUUUUGUGAACAGUGGGUGCCUCAGCUAAGAGGUCAUGCUUGCAAGAGUGAUCGUAAAUCGGAUAUGAACAUGAUGUGCUGUCUUUUCUUGCUCCCUGUGUCAGGUGUUCUCCAUUUGCUGCUUCACCUGCACCAUGGCAUAUUUGCUUUUAUAGACCUGAACGUUUCCAAGUCUUUUCAUGCUUUGCACAUAUUAUGUGCGGUAAAGUACAAAAGGGUGCCUAAUGAUGAUGAUGACAUGCUUCCUGAUCGAUUUAUUUAUUGAAGAGUUAGAGUUUCCAAAAUUUUGUCACUCCAGCUGCAAUUUUCGGAGCUACAAAAUAGCAUUUGUAUAACUUGACUGAAAUGUCUGGUCAGAGUUUUUUGCCAUGCAGUUGACGAAUGAACUGUGCAGGCAAUUAUGUGCAGUGCAAAUGUUGCCCACUCCCUAAGACACUGAAAUAAAUAUUGUUCCU